AUGAAUAUUAAUACAGAUAACAGUGAACCUGCUAACAAAAGAAUUAAAUCUAAUGAAAUAGAAAAUGAUUCAUUCAGUGUUUUAGAAGAGAAGAUUAACAUACAUAAAUAUCCUGAAUGUCAAGAAAAUGCAGAUUUAACAGAUAACGAAGAUGAAAACAUAUCACCAUUAAAUAAAGAUGAUGAUGAUGAUAGUUUAUUUUCAUUUCCUCCAGACAAUGAUGUUACAGACAUGUUGGAAGGAGUAAAAUAUCAUGGAUCAUUUCCUACAAUCACAGAUCGAUAUUUUACUGCCUAUUAUAAAUUAAGUGUACAAAGUCUUACAGAUGAUAUUUGUAUUUUAAUGCAUAGCAAUCGGAUUUGUAUGCUUACACUUGCUCCAAGUCAUACAGUUCUUCAAGCUGAUAAACAUAUAAUAAAAGUAGAUUUCAAAGUUAGCAACAAGCUAGAUAGAGUUCUGAAUAAAGUUUCUGGUAAAAGUAAACAUGGGGCUCAACCUUUACAAAUGAAUUCUAAUAUUUGUAUAAUUACUUGUUCAGAUGAAAAAACAUACAUUAUAAAAUGUUGUAUAAUUGGAAAAUUGAUAGAAGUAAAUGAAACAUUAAUACAAAAUCCUAAACUUUUAUUGGAACCUCCACAUAAAGGAGGUUACUUAGCUAUAGUACUUCCAAAUAUAAAACUUUUGGACAAAAUGAAAGAAUCUAUGUUAACACAGGAACAGUAUGAGUUAAAAAUGUUAGAACGACAGAAUACUAAAAAUCAUUUGGGAAUAUCAAAAAUAGGUACAACAAAUAUUUUGUUAAAAGAUGAUUUAAAAAUAAUAAAUAAUAAGACUCAAUUGAACUGUAAUGAAGAGGAAAUCAUAUUACCUAAUGUUAGUUGA